AUGUGCUUUACUUCUUUCUUACUUGUUUGGCUUGAAGACUUCAGUUUCAGCGCGCCUAUCAGCAUCUUUCUUCCUAUAUUUUGUUUUUGUCAUUUUUUUAUUUUCUUUGUGAAUCUUUUUUCUUUCUUCGUUCUUUUUUUUUUCAUUGAAACUUAUUUUUUUAUUUCCUUCAUUAACUUGAUUUUCUUUCUUUAUUUGUCAUUAAAUCGAAAUUCAUUUUUUCUUUUCUCCUUUCUCCUUCAUUUUCACAUUGAAACUAUUUUCUCUUUCUCUAACCUGAUUUUCUUUCUUUCUUUCUUUCUUUCUUUCUUUCUUUCUUUCUUUCUUUCUUUCUUUCUUGAACUUGCAAUACCGAUUACUUUCUGGAAAUUCUUUCUCUUUCAUUUCUGCAUUGAAAGUGAAUUUCUUUCUUUCUUUUUUUCUUUCUUUCUUUCUUUCUUUCUUUCUUUCUUUCUUUCUUUCUUUCUUUCUUUCUUUUUUUUCAACAGUCUAUCCUAUUACUCCUUCCUCCUUGGAUUACUUUUCUUUUUUUUUCUUUCUUUCUUUCUUUCUUUAUUUCUUUCUUUCUUUCUUUCUUUCUUUCUUUUUUUCUUUCUUUCUUUCUUUCUUUUUUCUUUCUUUUUAUUCUUUCUUUCUUUCUUUCUUUCUCCAGUUUACUUACCGAUUUUUUCUUCUUGUCUUUAUCUUCCUUUUUGUCCUUUUUUUAGUUUUCUUUGUGAUUCUAUCUUUCUUCCUUUCUCCACCCUCCAACACUUUUCCCCUUCAUUCAUAAUUUCCUCCUUUAUUUUUAAAUUUUCUUCCUCUCGUACGAGUUAA